CCUGAGUCGUUACCGGGAGCGGUAAACAAGGUGUACAAGUAUCUGAAGAGCUGUCGGGAUGCAGCAGAGCGGAGCGGCUGGAGGCCGUGGCUGCGCUCUCUUUUCAGUGCUGAGCAUCCUAUUUUUCCAGGGUGUUCAUAUCGUCCUUUCCUUGGAGAUUAAUGCGGAUGCUCAUGUCCGAGGUUAUGUUGGAGAAAAGAUCAAGUUGAAAUGCACCUUCAAGUCAACUUCAGAUGUCACUGACAAACUGACCAUAGAUUGGACAUACCGCCCUCCCAGCAGCAGUCGCACAGAAUCUAUUUUUCAUUAUCAGUCUUUCCAGUACCCAACCACAGCAGGCACAUUUCGGGAUCGGAUUUCCUGGGUUGGAAAUGUGUACAAAGGGGAUGCAUCCAUAAGCAUAAGCAACCCUACCCUAAAGGACAAUGGGACAUUCAGCUGUGCUGUGAAGAAUCCCCCAGACGUGCACCAUAAUAUUCCCUUGACAGAGCUAACAGUCACAGAAAGGGGUUUUGGCACCAUGCUCUCCUCUGUGGCCCUUCUUUCCAUUCUCGUCUUCAUUCCCUCAGUAGUGGUGGUGGUUCUGCUGCUGCUGAGAAUGGGGAGGAAGGCAGCGGGGCUGAAGAAGAGGAGCAAGUCUGGCUAUAAGAAGUCAUCUAUCGAAGUUUCAGACGACACUGACCAGGAGGAGAAAGAUGAGUGCAUGACAAGGCUUUGUGUCCGCUGUGCCGAGUGUCUGGAUUCAGACUAUGAAGAGACAUACUGAUGAAAGUCUGCAUAACUUAAGAAGAGUUACCUAAUGACAGAAAACACAUUCCGCUGGGAGCUAUAGCCUUUCCAGAGGAUUGAAACUGGCCAGCACAGCAGUGACGGAGGAUUCCGGAGGUCUUCAGUAAAGACUAUGAACCAUUUAUUUAUUGAAGAAAUGUUCUUUUUAUAUUUAUAAACUGUUCAGAAACUUUCAGAAGAGACUCAUGAUUCCCCUUUUAAAAAGUUAUACUCGAAUUGAUUGAAGAAAUUCUUUUCCUGAAGAGAAAGAUAACUUUUUGGUUUACCUUUGCUCUUGCAUGUAUUAUGUUUUCUUCCAAUUGUUUGAAGGAGACUCCUAAAUGUGUGCCACACUGUUGAUGCCAAAGUGCUAUUUUUUACUGAAGCAGAGUUUAUAGCUCCUGAUGAUGGGCUACCAGACAAAGUGCUUAUUUGGGAUAGAUGUCCUUUGUUUUUUGCUUCAUGAACUUUUCAGCUGUGAGUCUACAACAUACACUAUUUGGUUUAAUGAUCUAAUCACUGGUUAUAUUUGGGUGACUUGGAAUGUGCCCCUACUUUCUUUGGAGUUGGUAGGAUCAGGAGUCGUUGGUUUGCUUUGACUGGCUUUCUAAACUAUUAAAGUAUUAUCAUUUACAAUUAAGGAAAGGAAUGGUGAGGUAGAGGAAUUGUUUUUGUUUGCCUUGCUAGGUGCAAUUUGGGCCAAGGAACUUUGUCAUUUUUCUUUCCUAUAGUUGACUAAUUUGUGGUUUCCUUCUUGACUUUUCAGGUCAGAGGCAAGAAAAACUCUUCAGAAGGUUUUCAGUGGGGACUUAUAGAACAUAUUAAACAGUUCUUUGCAAUGAAAUCUUUUCACUUGUAUUGUUCUUCAAAACUUUUUUGGUCUAAAGUAUAUCAUGUGUGAACUAUGGUAUUAGCAAGCUAUUUUGCAUAAUAUCGGGCAUGAGGAAGUGAGGUUAUAUUCAACAUCUGUAUCUCCUUUCACUUCUCUCCAUACCUCAUAACACAUUCCUCCAUUCUACAGCAACCUACUUCAAAUUUUAAUUUAUAUAGUUCUCUUACAAGAGUAAUAGGGUUGACUUUUUAAUUAUCCCUUCCCCCAUCUUUGUUGUUGCAGCAGAGAAUGGUCCCUUUCCAUGGUUCUUCCCUAGGUGGCUCAGGAGGCUUUCAUAUGUAGCAUUAUAUGCCAUGUAUAUUAUUUUAAAAAAAUCAGUUUUAUAUUUUCUGCCAAGAUCUAAUUUCUAAAAUUUGUGCUAUUAAUUUCAUCCUAAAGAUUUGGCCUGACCUCCUUUGUUAACCUAGUGCACAGGUUAGAAAGUCUGGUUACUUGAUAGACAUUUGUGAGUUGUUUCUGGUUACAUCAAUCUGUAGAAGAGGCAGACAGGACUGGUGGUUUACAUUUCCAGUGGUUAAACUUUAACAAUUUUUUUUUCUUUGCCAAUUGUGAAUUAUGUAAUUGUCUGUGGCCAAUUUUAUAUGACCAUUUUUGGCACCUUAAAAGAGAAUAAAGUUUGAGCAACUAAUCUUGUAGAUUUAAAGAUAGAGAUGAAAUAGUGGGACUUUUUGUGGGUCUUAUUUCUCAGAGAGAAAGGGGGAGUUGAGAAAGAGAGAGAGAGAAAUAUCAUGUUACAGGAACCCAUGUGAAGCCACAUCCCAUUGAAGGAUGAACCAGUUUGGGUUAGGUCUUAUAGUUUUUUUGCAAAUAUAUUGUGAAGAUUAGUCCGUCUUGGAUAUUUGCUGCUUUAGGUAAAUGGUGCUCUGUGAAUACUCAGAUGUGUUAUUUUGUAGCCUUAAUUAAGAUUUGACCCAGUCCCUCUAUUUUAAAUGUCAGAAUAAUAGAGUCCUUCAUGAUGAGGCAGUAAGUCGGUAAUUUAUUCUGCUCCAUGGGUUUGUGGUUACACCCCAGUGCAGACUGCCCUUUUCCCUUCUUUACCCCAUGCAUUGACAUUUGAGUUGCUGCUUUUUACUCCCAAAGGAGCAGAAAAGUGUAUAGACCCCUGCCUUCUUAAAGGAUGAAGGAAGAUAAAGUGUUUUCUUUUUGUUUGUUUAAUGUACUGUUUUAGUAACUUCUAAGGUCCUAGGCUCCCUCUUCUUCUUUUUGUUGCUCUGUAGUCACUUGUCACACCAUAUGGAGACCAGCCUUAUCUAGAGAGGGAAUUUACUUUAAAAGGGGUUAAAAGCCUUUCAGAUUUUUUUCUUUGAUUUCUCAAGCUUUCUUGUGGUUACAUUAUCUUACCGAUUUUAUGCCUUAGGUUUCUUAAUUCUAUUACCAAAUGUGAGCAUAUAAAGUGCUUUGUAUUUCCCCCUGUUACUCUGUUACAGCAGGUCACUUGGGGAGCAUCUGAGUCCUCUGCAGCUCCUGAAUUGGGUGCUAUUGCUUCAAGAAAGAAGGUUGCAUGUGCUUGCUUUUAAAAGGACAGAGACAAUAACAACAAAAUUCUGGGGACCACAUCCUGAACUUGAAUGUUCCUUUAUGAACUAUUCAGUUGUAGUUAUAAAGGGGAGCUUAAAGAAUACCUACUGGCAUGGAGCAAGACUAUUACUUAAUUGCACAACUCAAAACUUUGAGAAGCAGCUGCGUUUUUGGUCUGCAGCACUGGACUGUUCACUGCUGCCUAUUGUUGCCUUUUUUGUUUUCAUUUGUUUUGUAGGAGGGUAUGCACUGUUAGGCCUUGUGCACAGGAUUGUAACUCUUGGUAUCUUUAUUCUAUCACAGAUAAUAAAGUUCUUUGUAUCUUCUGGCUA